AUGACGAGAACUACGAUGCGAGAUCAUCGCCAUCGAGCCCGUGGUGCUCCGUCAGCAUCAGCCGCCCACCUAUAUCCCGACGGUGAUACUAGGCUUGCCGUCCAAAAUAUUCUGGCUUUGCUACCACCACCAGCGACGUCGCAUGCCCUGCUGGCUGCGAUGCUGUUGAACGGCCUUCCGAAGUUCCGCGAACUCGUUGGCGCUGCCGAUUCAACGACUGACGCAUGGACUUCUUGGAAUCCGUCGAUGUUGCCUACAGAACCGCUUUUCGGAAUGGCAGCUAUCGACAAAGGGACAUUCAGAAUAGGAGAAAAUGAAAAGUUAAGGAAUGAGCGUCUGUCAUCGCUCAAUUCUUAA